UAUUUAUAAAUAAUCGUUUAUCAAAGAAAGAUGCCAUGAAAGCGAUUCUGCAAUAAUAGCGUUUCCCAAGCUCUCCCAAUCAUAAAGUAGUUUUUCUGGUCAGCUUUAUCAAUGAUAAAUAGGAACCCCAGGCACAUUUGUUUUCUCAAGGCAGAGAUCACAUAGACCCAUCUAAUUUUCAACUCAAAUAGUUGUUGGUAUGGAUGACCAAUUUUCGACCGUUCAUAGUCAUAGUCGUGAGCCAAUGCCUAGGGGCUUAGUUCAUGAGAAGUCUUCAGAGCCCAAAUUUCUUGCCUACAUUGGUGCCCACGAAUUUUUCACAAUAGAGACGUGGAAAGCAGCUUUGGUAGAGUUAAUUGCAACUGCUGCACUAAUGUUCACCCUAACGAGUUGCAAUAUUGCAUGUUUGGAGUCACAAGAUGUCAAUCCAAAGCUUAUUCUUCCCUUUGCAGUCUUCAUCAUAGUAUUCUUGUUUCUAAUUGUGAUAGUUCCUCUAUCCGGGGGUCAUAUGAACCCUAUUUUUACAUUCAUUGCGGCUUUAAAGGGUGUUGUGACCCUUUCUCGUGCUCUCCUUUACGUGUCAGCUCAAUGCAUUGGCUCAAUAAUUGGUUUCUUUGUACUCAAGAGUGUGAUGGAGCCAAAAUUAGCAGACACAUAUUCUUUGGGAGGUUGUGCCCUUGGUGACAAAGGACAAAGUUCUGGCCUAAGGCCACAAGAUGCUUUGUUGUUGGAAUUCUCUUGCACAUUCUUAGUACUCUUUGUGGGUCUAACGUUGGCAUUUGAUAAGAAAAGGUGCAAGGAAUUGGGCUUGCCAAUGGUUUGUUUGGUGGUUGCAGCAUCCUUGGCACUGGCAGUGUUUGUGUCCAUAACUGUAACUGGCAGGCCUGGCUAUGCAGGUGCUGGGCUGAGCCCUGCAAGAUGCCUAGGUCCAGCGUUGCUUCAUGGAGGCCCACUAUGGAAUGGGCAUUGGGUUUUCUGGCUUGGGCCUUUCUUGGCCUGCAUAAUCUAUUAUAGUGUCUCCAUUAAUCUACCAAAGAAAGGUUUGAAUUGGGUUGAUGGAGAAUAUGAUGUCUUAAGAUUGGCUCUGGGUUCUUGUAGGACUAUUUCUAAUAAUACGGAUUUAAAUGAUCUUUCUUGACUCUCAAGUCUCAAGUAUCAAAUAAAAUAGACAACUUCGUGAUUUUGAUUUCA